CGCAACAGGAUGGUUCAUUUCUUCACCCUCAGUAAGGUUUCUUUAAGGUUAAAGAAAAAGUCCCAGUCUAUAGAUAUUACUGCAGCAGGAUGCAACCCUCUGGCAGCACCAGGACAACAGGCAACACAUGCCAGGCCUGUCAUUAAGACAGCCACUUCUGAAGAGGAGCAGAACAACACCACAAAUACACAAAGACGUAAUCCACGGAGAAGUGAGCUGAAGAGAUACUACACUAUUGACACUGGCCAGAAGAAGACCCCAGACAAGAAAGAUGGGCGACGAAUGUCUUUUCAAAAGCCUAAAGGGACUAUUGAAUAUACUGUGGAAUCAAGAGAUACUUUGAACAGCAUUGCCUUGAAAUUUGAUACAACACCCAAUGAAUUGGUUCAAUUAAACAAACUUUUUGCGAGAUCUGUUGUUCCUGGACAGAUUUUGUACGUUCCUGACCCAGACUACAUUUCUAGUGUGGACAGUUCCCCUUCUCUCAGUCCCAUAAGUCCCUUGUCACCUACCUCUUCAGAAGCUGAAUUUGACAAAGCUACAGUAAAUCAAAGACCGUCAGCUUUGCUAGAAGCCAUGGUAACUUCCAGCAAUGAUCCAGAUGCGCUGCAGCGGAAAGAGGCAGCUGCUUCACCAGCUUUUGCAUCUGUUCGUCCUGCAAGAGUGGUAUCAUCCACCUCAGAAGAAGAAGAAGCGUUUACUGAAAAAUUUCUCAAACUUAACUGUAACUACAUCACUAAUGGCAAGGGUACAGUGAAUGGUGUGCUACUAGUGACACCAAAUAAUAUAAUGUUCGAUCCCCAUAAAACGGAUCCUCUGGUCCAAGAGAACGGCUGUGAAGAGUAUGGCAUAAUGUGUCCAAUGGAAGAAGUGAUGUCAGCAGCAUUAUAUAAAGAAAUAAUGGACAGCAAAAUAAAGGAUUCAUUACCCAUAGAGAUAGAACAGUUAUCUGCCAGGGAUCUCUGCCACUUCAAGAAAAGUACAAGAAGCAAUACAGAUGAAAUGGACUCAAGGAUUCGAGAUACUGGGAACGAUAGUGCCAGCACUGCCCCUAGAAGCACAGAGGAGUCGCUUUCAGAAGAUGUAUUCACAGAGUCGGAACUCUCUCCAAUACAUGAAGAACUGGUUUCUUCAGAUGAGCUUCGACAAGACAAAUCUUCCGGAGCUUCAUCAGAAUCUGUCCAAACAAUAAAUCAAACUAGUGCAGAAUGUUUAACCAUAGUUUCAGACUCAAUUAAUGUUCCUAGUGAUUUAAAAUCCAGUAUUGAACUGUCUGUAAAUGACAGGAGGUUUGGUACCCAUAUUAUAAGUUCAGAAACUGCUGAAAAGGAAAUGAAGGGAGAGGACAAUGUAGGGGGAAAUGUUGCAAACAUCCUUUGGCAGUCUUUGCAAGGAGCACUGCACAGCGAAGAACAUAGCACAGUUGGAAGGGUUUGCACAGAUCAGGAUACCAUGCUAGUCACCAUACCAAAAGGAGAGAGUGAGAAAAGGGAAGAAUGUCUGCCUUGUGAAGAUAUCAUAGACUGUCAAAAGAGAGAGACAAUUAGCAAGGGAAAGCUAGUAAGGGAACGAACUCGAGAUUCAGAGACAGAAGUGGAGGAGCUUCGUAAACUCUGGAAGACUCAUACUAUGCAACAAACCAAACUACAAAGAGAGAACAUGCAGCACGAUGCACAAAACGAAUUUAAACUCAAAGUGAUGGCUGAAGGAGAUGGACAAAUGGAAGGUUCUGCUCUUGUGAAAGAGAAGAGAAGACAUCGAUCUCACAAGUUUUUAUGUCUCAGAAUUGGGAGGCCUAUGAGAAAAACAUUUGUAUCUCAAGCAAGUGCAACAAUGCAGCAGUAUGCACAGAGAGAUAAGAAACAUGAGUACUGGUUUGCUGUUCCACAUGAAAGGACAGAUCACUUGUAUGCCUUCUUUGUUCAGUGGAGCCCAGAAAUCUACUCGGAGGAUACUGGAGAAUCCAUUAGAGAGCCUGGGUUUAUAGUGGUAAAGAAGAAUGAAGAGCCUGAAGUUAGUGAGGAUUCCACUAAUGAAACUGCUUCUAAGGAAUGGGAGGUAGUGUCAGUGGCUGAGUAUCACCGCAGGAUCGAUGCUCUAAAUAGUGAAGAACUGCGCACACUCUGCAGACGUCUCAAGAUAACAACAAGGGAAGACAUAAAUUCAAAGCAGGUCACAAAUAUCAAACCAGACCUGGAGCCUGAAGCUUUUCGGCCAAAUCUUAGUGAUCCUAGUGAAUUGCUACAACCAGAUCAAAUUGAAAAGCUUACAAAGACUCUUCCCCCAAGAACCAUUGGAUAUCCAUGGACACUUGUCUACAGUACUGCAAAGCAUGGCAUGAGCUUGAAGACCUUGUAUCGAACUAUGCUGGGGCUGGACACUCCUGUCCUGAUGGUUAUCAAGGACAGUGAUGGACAGGUCUUCGGUGCUCUAGCCUCCGAACCAUUUAAAGUGAGUGAUGGCUUUUAUGGCACUGGAGAGACAUUUCUGUUUACUUUCUCUCCAGAUUUUGAGGUCUUCAAAUGGACAGGAGACAACAUGUUUUUUAUUAAAGGUGAUAUGGACUCCCUAGCAUUUGGCGGAGGAGGGGGAGAAUUUGCCCUGUGGCUUGAUGGGGAUCUCUACCAUGGAAGGAGUCAUUCUUGUAAAACCUUUAGCAACCGCAUGCUUUCAAAAAGAGAAGACUUCAUUAUCCAAGACAUUGAAAUCUGGGGGUUUGAAUAAGUGUAUAAUUCUCUACAGGAUAUUGUCCCAAACCAGGCAUGAAUCAGUGCAGCUCAAAAAGCCCUACAAGCAAUAUAAUGCAGCUUUUUAUUUACUAUAAUUUUGAAAUAGCGUAACUUAUUUUUUUGUCAUCCUCUUAAUCCUAUUAAGUUGUCAUUUUUACUGUAAGUUUAGAUGCUUCUAAAAUGUAUAUCAUAUAAACUAAAACCAAAUGUCAGUUGCUUUGAAUCUUGCAGCAUAUAAAAGUCUGUUGUGGAGUCUUCCCCUUUGAUGUCUUUGUUUUACCUUUGCAUCUUUCUCCAAACCCUUUCAGGUGUUUCAUUGAAUAUCAAUUAUGAUUUAGUUUUCUUUGAAAAUUGGGUCUCUAAAUGGAGUUGUCCUUUAUGGGUCUACAUAGGAGGAAAGUGCAAUGAAAGGAUUUGGUAUUAGCAGUGUUGGUUUUUGGGUCAGUGACGGAUUAAAUUCAUAUGGUGCCACUAUUAGACAAGAAGUUUAGCAUUCCUUAUUAGAGUACACCUUUACCCUUAUGAUCUAAAUUUAGUAGUGCCACUUGUCUUAUUGUUUGUAUUUAGCAAUUACAUGUCAAUUUAUAUCAUAUAGCAAAUAUGCUAGCUGCAUGCUGAUUGUAUUAAAGAAUGUUUUGCACAAGCUGUCAAUGAUCUAUAGGUUUGGGACAAAUCUUGACAGUAUUGAGCUAUGCGGCAAGGAUGCAUAAAAUAGCAGGGGAAUAUAAUAGUUCCAUUGGAUUUAAUUGAGAAAGCAAGAAAAAUGCAGUGAACAAUGUGUAGCUAUAGUAGGGCAUUAAAGUACCAAGACUACGAAACAGAUGUAUUUUUUUUCAAAAUAAAGUGUCAGAUAUUUACUGUUAAACUGUUGUAGCCUUGUAGCACAUCAACUCCAAAAAUAUAGCUUAUACCUGUCCAAAAGAAAAAAUAAUUGUGAUUGUUUUUGAGUGGGUCUAUGUUGUAAACUACAGUUAGCACCAGCUCUGAUUUAAAAAUGGGGUAAUGUACUCUAGGUAGACAAUAUUGUAAUUCAUUAGAUUUGUGGAAUAUGCAAACUUACUGUCAUGUGACCUCAAAAAAAUGACAGGCUAGAAUACAGUACCAGUAGCUCUUGUCCACUUUUGUAGGAAAACUGAUAAGCCACUGUGGCAAUAACAGCUCAACAAAACUUUGUUUCAAAGCUUCUAAUCUAUGUUAUGCAAAAAAAAAAAAAAAUGCUGUUAAGUGUGACAGUGACUGACUUUGUGCUGAAAUUUCAGCUAUUCCAGAUGAACAUUGUAUAUUAUCUUGUAAAUUAAUGUUUAAAAGUAGUUUUGUUAUUAUAGAGAAGUGUUGAUUGACGGGUUGCUUAUAGCACUUUAAAUUAUUCUAGAAAUGGAAUAAAAGCCAAACGGGUUGGCUUAAGUAGAUGUAGUUGUAUAGUACUUAAAUUUAUUUACUUCUUUGGAAAGUUUUAAAAACUUAUUCAAAGAAAGCUUACUGCUAUGGUAAUGAAAAAGGGCAGAUGUUCUAUCUAUAAUAUGCUAAUGCUCAAUAUGAAUAGAAAUACAGGGCAUCAUUUCCUGUCUCUAUGUAUAGCUCUUUACCUUGUUAGAAUACAGUAAAGUAUGUAGAUUAAAUGUUUACAAAAAUAAGGAAUUGUAAAUAAAUUAAAAUGGCUUUUCUCCCCUUUGGUCUUCCACAGCAGUAUUAUUGUCUUUGUGGAGUUAAGACUAACUAUUAAAAAAAAAAAAAAAAAUCCUGUAAUGGAUUUUAAGUACUAUAAGGUCAUAGUGAUAUAUAGCAAAUAAAUCUAAAUACAUGUAAAAUUAAA